AAUAAUUUUGUUGGUUUUUAAUUUUUUUUUUUGCGGUGGGGGAAAAUUGUGAAAUUGUUUUGGGAGAUGGUCAACGAUCUAGAGCUGAUGGAAUUGUAUUUAUGGGGUCGAGAAUUAAUUAGGUUUUUGUUGUUUGACUAUAAUCACUUUUUUAUUCGCCAAUCAUUCUGAUAUGGUGUAUGUUUCUGCAGUGAUAUAUGGAUUGAGAUAGAAUUGGUGAUAUGAUUAACUUGUUUUUAGUUGUUAUAGAAAAAUUGUGUGUUGUAUGUGUUUGUUCUGUCUAUGAUUUCAUUUGCAAGUUAAAUUAAGGUUUUGCUAUGUUAUUUACUAAAUGUGUUGUUUGGAGAGUUGUUGUGUUGGUCAGUGAGCUUUUGUUGGGGCUGUAAAACAGUGUGGGAGUAUUGAUUUCCGAGGACUUGAACCGAUGUUAGAGUCGCAUAUUGGGGGAUGCUGGGAUUGUGUAAUCUGGUUGAAGUUGUGAAACUUGGGAGGAUUAGGAUUUAAGCCUACUGCACUAUCUGCAUUUUUGGGGGAGCCUGAAUACUAGUCUCUCGUCCCAUGUUUUCUCUGUGUGGUGUUUGUUCUGUGGAAUCGGAUGGCUUUUCCCAUUCAGGGACUUCAUCGUAAGAGCCUAACAAGCAAAGUCCCUUUGUUGAUGGAGCGUGCAGAUACACGUAAUGGUAGUGAACAUGUUAUAGAUAUUGCUAGUACCAGCAAUGCUUCGUCCAGUUUAUCACACGAAAGGCAGUCGAGUGGCUUGGAGCGGCAUCAAAGUGAAGAUCAGCCAUCUACUAGUUCAAGAGUUCCUGUAAAUCAACAACCUCAGCUCUUCUCUGGUGGACCAAUUUCAAGAAACUCGUCUCUCAUCCGGAGAGGAAAUAGUCGAGGCCGCCAAAGAAGUCCUUUAAAUUCUGGCCUGUGGAUAUCGGUGGAGUUAGUGCUGACACUCAGCCAAAUUAUCGCUGCUAUAAUUGUGUUAGCUUUAUCAAAGCAUGAGAAGCCCCGUGCUCCUUUGAGAGCGUGGAUUAUUGGUUAUGCAUCUGGAUGUGUUUCAAUCCUUCCCCUUUUAUAUUGGCGAUUUAGAUAUCGAAACCAGGUUUCUGAACUAGAUGCAUCUCAGAGUCGUGUGGAUCCUUCUCAGGGAAACAAUAAUGCUGGUCCGACGAGUAGGAGAGCCAUGGAAGGGGAGGACCGACGUACAACUAGUACAACAACCAGAGGCAGCCAGAGUAACGGGUUACCAAAUCCAAGGCUUAAGGUAUUUGUUGAGUAUUUCAAGAUGAGUUUGGAUUGCUUUUUUGCUGUUUGGUUUGUGGUUGGAAAUGUAUGGAUUUUUGGAGGGCACUCAUCGUCUGCUGAAGCCACCAAUUUGUACAGGUUGUGUAUAGUAUUCCUAGCCUUUAGCUGUAUUGGAUAUGCAAUGCCUUUUAUUUUGUGCACUACAAUCUGCUGCUGCCUCCCUUGUAUAAUAUCAGUUCUGGGCUUCAGAGAAGAUUUUUCGCAUAAUAGAGGAGCCACUCAAGAUUCGAUAAAUUCUCUUCCGGUGUAUAAGUUCAAAGUAAAGAAAGUUAAGAACGGCAAUGACAAAGAGAGUGAAGGUGGGAUCGUGGCUGCUGGAACAGAGAAAGAGCGAGCAGUAUCUGGAGAAGAUGCAUCCUGCUGCAUUUGCUUAGCCAAGUACGGAAACAAUGAUGAACUCCGCGAGUUGCCCUGUUCCCAUCUGUUCCACAAAGACUGCGUGGAUAAAUGGCUCAAGAUCAACGCAUCGUGCCCACUUUGCAAAGCCGAAGUUGGUGAGACCAUUUUGACCACCCUGACCGACACUACUGCCAACCUGCGAAACGGCAACACUUUAUAAAAAAAACUGCAGGUAGAUGAUAUCCAGAAUUAUUUUUUGGAUCCCUCAUUUAAGCACUGUGUAUGAGAUAAAAGAUUCAAAGAAAAUGAUGGCUAUGUAAUAGAAAGACUGAUAUCAGAUUUGUCGUAUUGUUUAGAGAGCCUUACAAGAUUAUUUUUAAGCUUGUUAGAAUAUGAAUAGAAUCAGAGUUCGAAUAA